CGUGUCGACUUAUAACUUCACGAUGAGGAAAGGGUGUGGAUCUAUGGCAAGGUGCAUUUUUUGUGGAUUAUGCAAUGCAGUCUGAGGGGCGACCCUUUGCCAGUCGCAUGGACUUUUUGAACAGGAGCGUGGGAACAGAGCUCCUCAUUCGUGACUUACGGCCGUUGCCGAGAGGACGUGUUUUUGUUGGCCUAGUCCGCUGCUCGCGCCAGUUCCUUCCUUAACCAGUGUCAACGCCUUCCAUCUGUUGCUUGCUUGGACUUCACAGCCACAAAGAAUCAACAAGUUCCUCAGUGCUCUCAGCAUCUUCUUCCAAGUUAAUCUACUUUGUUAAUUUUUUAAAGGGGAAAAACCAGCGAGGCAUUAUGAAGAGGACACUGAGCGAUUCUGAUACGGACGAGAUUUUCGACGACUCAAUCAAAGGAUCACCAAGUCAGUCAUGCCCGGUGACUGCCCGCAAGAAGCGAAGAGGGAUCAUUGAGAAGCGUCGGCGGGAUCGUAUCAACAAUAGUCUCACCGAGCUGCGACGCCUCGUACCCGCAGCUUAUGAGAAACAGGGCUCAGCAAAGCUCGAGAAGGCCGAGAUCCUGCAGAUGACAGUGGACCAUCUGAAGUACCUGCACGCCAAAGGUAAGCAUGGUAUCGAUGGCUCCUUUCAUCCGUAUGGCGAUGCGCACGCCUACGCCAUGGAUUACCGUGUGCUUGGGUUCCGUGAAUGUGCCUCCGAGGUAGCACGCUACAUGGUCACCGUGGAGGGAAUGGACAUCCAGGACCCGCUACGCCUUCGCCUCAUGAGUCACCUCCAGUGCUACAUGGCCCAGCGGGAGUUCCAGUCCCGUCAGCACUACUCGGUCCCUGGCCAUCCGCACUCGCAGUUCAGCUCCCACGCCGCUGCCCACGGUCAGACCGGUGUCCUGCCUCACGGCCAGCAGCACGCUGUCACGGCCGAGCCCUCCCACGGCACCUCCAUCCCCUCCGGGGUCCAGAUCACGGACACCUCCACCCCUAGCCGGCAGAUGAUCCCCAUGAUCACCAGCUCCAGCCAGGAGGCGUCGUCGCUGACCUCUUGCCACACUCGGCUGCCCGUGCCGCCCUCUACGGGUGCCUCGGUCCCCAUCAACUCCUCGGUGUCUACCCAAAUCUCGCCGCCGGUAGCGCCCAUCCAGAGCCUCCACACGCAGUACCCCGGGGUUACGUAUAACAGUCUGCCAGUUCUCUCCCCGAAUGGCUUCAGUCCGACAAGCUCCUCCCACAUGACCCACAGCACCCUCGUGUCUAAACCCUACCGCCCCUGGGGAGCGGAGAUGGCAUACUAAAUUUCAACCUCAUGAACUCCGAACUCCGUCGGAAGUCUUCCUAAAGUUGUGACCUUUACAAGGCGAGUCUCUCAUGUUAACAUCUAUCGCACGAAUGAGAAUCAUCUCCAGGUCAAAGGUCACCUUUUGGAGUGCCUGUAACAUUUUUGAAUUUGAGUCUUUUUAAUUUGAUUGUCUGUGCUCUUUUUGUAUUUUCCUCACACUACCAUCACUCUGUAUUUAUACAAUAGGCCCAGCAGAGUUUAUAAGCCUUGCAGUUCACUUCGUUUGCAGUUAAAUCUCCGAAGUGAAAACAGCCCAAUUGUUUUUGUCAUUGUAUGCCUCUUUUUUCAUCGCAUGUUUAUAAAACGCGGUGCUUUCAAAAGAGAAAGCCAAAGAUUGUCAACAUUUACAAAAAGUUUGAAAACAGUUCCUGUUGUUUUGCAUAGAUAUGUUGCUACGACGUUUAGGGUUUAUAGAAGGUAGAAAAUGCGUGAAUUAGACUUAAAAUAGAGUCAUUUUCGAGUGCUACCUUCGAAUUGUGCCUCCAAUAAUGCAAUGCAAUUUGCUUUGAUUUUUAUUAACUGCAUUUCGUACCAAUAGGAAUGCUAAAUUAUUCGUUAAUUCGUUAUUUAGUGAUAUCCCUGAUUAAUUUAUUAAAUUAUUACAUUCCAUUUCGACGACCCAUUGCUUCAUUAAUAUUUUAUCCUGACGGAACGUCAUCUAUUUAUCUCUUUCACACUAAGGAAAUGUGUGGCUAUUCAUUGUCAGUACUGUUGCCAUGGCAACGUGGAGGUAUUCAGUUGGAUGUUUAUUAUAAAUUUCUGUUUGUAAUGUUUUGUACCAUUCUGUAAAUACAUUAUUUAUUUAACUCUUUUGAUAUGAUACGAGAAAGGACCUCUUGAGAUAAAAGUAACAGACUUGAAAAGAUACACCUCAACUCAAACUGUCGGUAAUCAAAGUGAGUAUAUUUAUAGUGACCAUGUCGAGACGGGUAGAAGAUGUCCCACUGACAGUUUACCGCUGGUAUAAAGUUCUAUUUGGCGUUAAUGCAGCGAAGGGGUUAUAGAAAAUGUCCUAAAACACACAAAUAAGAAGUACAACCUUCGCAGGUUUAAAACUGCCCGAUAUAAAUAUUUGAGCGUUGCGUGCGAUAUUGUUGCAGUUUUAGACAGUAUAAAAAUAAUUUUGUUUGUUUGUAUGUGUUUUUGUUUAAUAAAAUGAUUUUUUAUAUCGAA